AUGGAAGACUUUUGCAAGAGCCUGACAUGGCAACCACCCGAAGGACAAGUGUACAAGCUCAAUUUUGACGCGACGCUUUAUGCGGAUUUGUCAACUUCUGGUGUUGGUGUUAUAAUUCGGAAUGAUAGGGGACAAGUUAUGGUAGUUUUGUUGUCGAAGGGUGGUGUUGUACUGGAUAGUGAAGAGGCAGAGAGUUUGGCAUGUAGGAAAGCUCUGGAAUUUGCAAUAGAUCCUAGUUUUUCAGACUUGAUCGUUGAAGGGGACAAUACAAAUGUCAUGAACUCUAUCACUUCAGGCCGGUCAGAUUUGACCCGCUUGGGCAAUAUCUAUGACGACAUUCAUUGUUUGGCUGGAUGCUUGCGGCAUGUGGAAUUUAAUAGUAUCAGUUGUAGUGUCAAUGGUGUAGCUUAUUCUUUAGCUCGUUAA